AUGCUUGAUUUUAUUGGCUGUUAUUUGACUUAAAGCAAGACUGGCUUACAAUAUUUUUAUAAUUGUUAAUAGACAUCGAUAGUUAAUGUGGAAAUAAGUAUUAAAGUGAAGCCGCUUACAUUAAUCCAACCCAUUAAUUCAGAUGGUUCUUUAUCUUAAUUAGUUUUGAUAAUUUCAUACACAGAAAAGAUUAAGGUAUUUAACAUAAUCAGUAUUUCUGUUAUAAAUAACUUAGUAUUCUCAAAUUUAUUCUUAAAAGGUUUAUAAAUUUUAAUGUAGCAAGAAAAAACUCCUGAUAGACUAGCUGUAAUUAGACUCUAAGCUGCUCCAAGGUCUUAAAAUGCAACUAAGUUAAUAAUGAAUAAGGUUUUUUUAAAUAAUAAAAUAGUAAAAUAUUAUUUAGAUCCUUAAUCUUUUGUGUUUUAAAUUCCUUCCACUAAGCCUGAAAACGCUUUGUUUACUCCAUUCUUAUUACUUAAAUAUGAAAAAAAGGAAGUUAAAAGUAGAAAAUUACAUAUUAAGGCAACUAAUGCUAAUAAGGAGAUAAUUAUAUUGAGAGUGGUAUCUGUAUUGAAAUUAACCACCUAUAACAGGGAUGCAAAGGUGAAUUCAUAAAAAUUUGAUGAAUAAAUUCUUAUUAAUCCAGAGUAAAUGAAAUAUGUAAAGUAUUUUCUAGCCAAUUUCUAAAAUGAAAAAAUUAAUUUAACCACUCUAAAGAAGAAUUCUGGAUAAUAAUUAUAAAAUAUGGCUGGCCAAUUCUCAUACCUAAUAUAUAGAAGAAAUUAAUAAAACAAAUAUGAAAGUAAAAAAUAAGCAAAUCCUACUGCAAUUACAGAGAGUAGAGUUUAUAAGUUUUACAAAAAGUAACAAUUAAUAGAAUAGUAUUCGAAUUUCCAUUUUGCAGGUAUAAUUGGUACUUCGAAAUCAAAUAUAUUUUGGAAAAGUUAAUCUGUUUACAAAAAUUGCAUUAUUGGGGUAAAUGAGCCGAUUGUAAAUAUUUCAAAAUAGAUUAUUAAGUUUUCUGGGAAUAUUACAUUGUGGUAUUUCAUAAAUGAUAAUUAUUGGAGCAUAUCAAGAAGAUUCCACAGAAUUUCUAAAUUACCAAACAAAAAAGCAAUUACACUUACAAUCAAGAUGAUAUACAUAACAAUUCUACCUAUAAGAGCUGUUUUUUCAAUAAUAAAUUAUUGA